UAAGAGAUAUUGAUCGUUUCUUAAAAUAGUUUGUCAGUGUGAAGGGAGAUAACUCUGAAAUUUUUAGUCGGCAAAUGCCUUAUUUGGAGAGAGGGUGACCCGGAAAUAUUCGUUUACACUACAUCAAAAAGAAGCCUAUAGCGAAGAGGGUACGUAAGCGUUAUCAUUACUAGUGUUCACUUGAGGAUACAUACCAGAAGCCAAACUUAAUAUUUUAAAAGGUAGAUGAGAGUUUUUCACCUGCACUUAAUUAUUUCUGAAUUCUGAAAUCAUAACAUACAAGACUUUUCAGUUUAUAGUUUAAAUUCCUAUGUAUUUUUAUAUUUUAUUUGAAAGCCAAACACCAAGAGAGAAAUUUACAAUAAAGGAACUCGUUCCAAAUACGCGUUAGAGUAAUUAAAAAAGCAUCCUGAUGUUAAUUGGGGAGGAGGCAUCAUUGCAUGAACAGUUUGCGUGUGAUCAGACAUUGAUUGGAAGAGCUUCCUAUCAGCCAUUAGCCUCGAGAGCUUUUUUUCAGCAUGAAGAUUAACAGUCGUUGUCUGGUUGGCUUUAAUCAUGUGUGAAUGGUGUAAAAUGUUAUGCUGCAUGCACAUAAUGCCAUAUGUUGAAUCGGGUGUUGACAUUGAUGUUUUCAUAGUUGCUUACAUACAUUGAUUCAUGUAGAUUGUUCUAUUGUUAUUAGGACACUGAUACAUUGCUUAAAUUAUUAUUCUAUUGUUAUUAGGACACUGAUACAUUGCUUAAAUUAUUAUUCUAUUGUUAUUAGGACACUGAUACAUUGCUUAAAUUAUUAUUCUAUUGUUCUAUUGUUAUUAGGACACUGAUACAUUGCUUAAAUUAUUAAGAGAGACAAUUACAGAGAGAGAUAGGGAGCAAGAGAGAGAGUUGUACUUUGGGGUCACGAUUAGCCAUAAUCCUUUAACUUAUCAUCUAGCAUCUACCCAUCUGACAGAAUAAGACUUACUGACAGGAAUUUAUAAUUCUAUUUACUUCCUAAAAAAAAUAUCCAAAUUACAAGAGAUGUACAUUUUAGUUCUGACAUCAAAACUUUCUUUGAUUUACAUGCAAUGCAGGGCUAUUGUUCUGGGAAACAUAAAAGAUGCACAUAGAAGUAUAUAAUCUGAAAUCUUGAAUUAAUUUAAUGUAAGUAAUGUAAAUGAUUCCAGGCCAAUGCAUGUAAAAUGUUAUUCUGUGUCUUUAAUGAGUUGUUCUGCUUAAAUGUUUGUGUAACACAUACUUGUAUUGUAUGCUAUUGACACAAACUGAGCAGAUGGUGCUGAUGUUAGUGAAAGCCAAUAUGCCCUCCUUAUCUUUUAAAUUGCAAAUAUUUGAGAGGAAAUAAUGAUGUAAUGGUAUUUAAGAAUUCAUUGGUUUAUCAUUUAUUUUAAGUUAUUUUCAGUCUUGCCGAAAAAUGUUUUUUUAAGCACUGGCCAUGCAUUCAGGUCUCUUUAUCUGAACUGAACCAAAGAAAAAUUCACUGGUCCAAAUCAUGUGCCAAAUAUUACUUUUAUUUCAGUUUUGAAAAGAACUUGUAAGAGAAAGUACUAUAGUAUAGGUUUACUCAAAAUUAGUUUAAGUGUGACAGAAUUUCACAGAAAUGCUCUAUUUACCUUUAAUGCUGAUUACAAUCUGAAUAGUCACUCUCUGUAAAUAUAUGGUUACAUAAUUUUAAUAGAAAGUAAUACUAUAUAUUGAGGAGAAGCACAAGCCGGGUGGUCUUGUGUAUAUGUAAUAAUUUUACAAGCCAAACCCUUGUUCUACUGGACUUGGUCCUCAGGCCAACUCUAGUCCAAAAUUUCUCUGAGUCAGACUCUUACCCCUGCUUUUAUAUUGUGACAUGUGCGGGGGUCACAAUAUAAAAGCGGGGGUAAGAGUCAGAAGAAUCUCGGAUUAUUCAACAACAUGUAAUAAAAAAACAACACUGAAACGGGUCAUGAAGAGGUUGGAGACUUUAUUAUGAUUUAUGUAAUGUCAGUGUUGCACUAAUGUUGUGUAUGAUUUGUGGCUAAGCUAGAUGAUUUGUAAUAACUUGUCCUCUCCUAUAGCUGUUUGGAGUGUAGGUUACAGUCCAACAUAAUAUACCUGCUUGACUUCAUCUACAGAGUAAUAACAUUAAUUAAUGACAUCAGUUAAUGAGUCUAGGAAUGGGUCCUGCAUGCAGUAAAUGCUCUUUAAGCAUGUGUGAACUUCAUAAUUUUAUAGGAUAUGAACAAGGGAAUGCAAAUAAAAUUAAUCAGUUUAUCCAGUCAUCAUCAAGUGAUAUUUUUAAUUCAUCCAAGUAUACAAAAUUCUUGAAAGAAAUUUUGGUUUCAAAAUAUAUUUUGAAAAAAUUAGCUAGAAAACUCCACAGAAUCUGCUUUACUCCUUAAUCUGUACAUGUAUCAUGUACUAACCUGAGCUUGUUAGCAUUCCAAUGUGUAUAACCAGCUUGUUAGGGUUCUAAUGUGUAUAAUCUGAGCUUGUUAGUCCAAUGUGUAUAACCAGUUUGUUAGGAUUCCAAUGUGUAUAACCUGAGCUUGUUAGGAUUCCAAUGUGUAUAACCUGAGCUUGUCAGGGUUCUAAUGUGUAUAAUCUGAGCAUGUUAGUCCAAUGUGUAUAACCAGCUUGUUAGGAUUCCAAUGUGUAUAAUCUGAGCAUGUUAGUCCAAUGUGUAUAACCAGCUUGUUAGGAUUCCAAUGUGUAUAAUCUGAGCUUGUUAGUCCAAUGUGUAUAACCAGUUUGUUAGGAUUCCAAUGUGUAUAAUCUGAGCUUGUUAGUCCAAUGUGUAUAACCAGUUUGUUAGGAUUCCAAUGUGUAUAAUCUGAGCUUGUUAGGGUUCUAAUGUGUAUAACCUGAGCUUGUUAGGAUUCCAAUGUAUAUAACCAGCUUGUUAGGGUUCUAAUGUGUAUAAUCUGAGCUUGUUAGUCCAAUGUGUAUAACCUGAGCUUGUUAGUCCAAUGUGUAUAACCUGAGCUUGUUAGGGUUCUAAUGUGUAUAAUCUGAACUUGUUAGUCCAAUGUGUAUAACCUGAGCUUGUUAGUCCAAUGUGUAUAACCUGAGCUUGUUAGGGUUCUAAUGUGUAUAACCUGAGCUUGUUAGGGUUCUAAUGUGUAUAAUCUGAGCAUGUUAGUCCAAUGUGUAUAAUCUGAGCUUGUUAGGGUUCUAAUGUGUAUAACCCGAGCUUGUUAGGGUUCUAAUGUGUAUAACCAGCUUGUUAGGAUUCCAAUGUCUAUAACCAGCUUGUUAGGAUUCGAAGAUCAACUGUCAAUGCCUUUAUAGUUUAUUUUUCCAAAGAAAAUAAUAAAACAAAGAACAUAUAUUCUGGGAUUGCUAUUGUAACACAUUUUGUAACCAUGACACCGAUAAGUGGCUUAAGAGCAUUUAUUCCAACUUGUCUGUCCAUUAUCACUCAAUAAUGAGAUGAAAGAUAAUGUUAAGUGAUAUAGAAUCCCUACCCUUAAUGAAGAGAGCAAAAUGAAAAGUGGUGUAAUAUUUCUAGGCAUAUCCUGAUUCUUUUGAAGAUUAGAGGGUUUCUGAUAAAGAUCAAGUGUAUGUGAAUAUUGUAAUUAUCAGAUGUAAGUGUAUGCGAAACUGCACCUAACCAUGCAGAUUAGUCAAACUUUUACAAAAAUGGAUUUAUUUUAAAUUAGAAUAUCAUUGAAUAUUUUAAGAAAACAAACAAGAUUGAUUUGAUUGUUUGAUUGCUGUUUUCCGCCACACUCAACAAUUUUUCAGUUAUCUGGUGGUGCCCAGUUUUUAUUGGUGGAAGAGAGAACCCAGAUACAAUGUACCUGGGAAGAGACCACCGACCUUCCGAAAGUAAACUGGGAAACUUUCUCACUUACCGGCGUGAGAGGGAUUCGAACCCGCGCCGACAGAGGUGAGAGGCCAUGUGAUUUUGAGCGCGAUGCUCUAACCACUCCCAAACAAGAAAACAAAUGGAGGAUAAAUUUAUUUGCAUGAGUAAGAAAUGGUGAAGUCUCUCUAAAUUCACAUGUAAACAAUUUCACAGUGUUUACUCUGACACGAUUUUUAGAAAUGAAAUAAAAAACAUUUAAGAUUUUGUGUCACAGGAGUUACGUAGAGAUCCAGUUUAUGAUGUUAUACUAGAGAUCAGUCUAAUGACGCAGUAAUUAUAAGUAGGUGUGGCGUAAUGGUGGAGCGGUUUGUUUAUGUUGAUGAGAAUACACUGGCUGUAAAUGCGUGACAUUACUCAGUUAAUAUGUUCACCUUAUUUCUUCAAUGAGAUUCAGAAAUUAGAGUCAUUGACUUUCUAUAAAUGGCUGACAAGGUCAACACUUCACCACAAUUUGUCGAUAGCAGAUGGUAAUAUGUACUGGUAUGUGUAACUGUUAGGGGUGAAGUUUCCCUUCCGUUGUUUCCUAUGUUGCACCAGAGAGGACCAGCUUUUCCGUUGAAGGGGCAUGGACAUGAUUUGAGCUGAAAAAUUUCUAAUUUUUUAAUUUUUUAAAAUUUUAUUGUUUACAAUGCUUGACGAAGAUGUUUGUAAUGAUCAACUAAAAUUUGAAUGGCAGUUGUUGAGUUACAUGCGAGAUACAGCGCUCACAAUUCUUUGAUAUGUAAACAAGGCUCUUGUCAUGUUUUUGUUUACAUAGAUUGCUUAAUAGAAAAUAGCAUGUUUAAAACAAAAUGAGAUGUGACAAACUCUAGAAACUGUUUAAUUGUGUUCAGAAUUAACUUGUGAAUUGAAAUUCUUUAAAUGAAACUUUUACUAGUUUAUUUAGCCUAUGUAAACAAAAGUGACCUCUGUAUCUCUCAUAUAACUUGACAACUGACAUUCAAAUGUUUUGCUGACCAUUACAAAUACUUAAGCAUUGUAAAUUAAAAAUGAGAAAAUAAAAUUUGAAAAUUUCAGCUCAAAUCGUGGCCAUGCCCCCUUUAAAGGGGAUGCCAAAUAGAGCAUUCAAUAGUACAAAUUAUUUUUGUCUCCUAUACGCUAUUAAGAAAUUUCUUCUGAGAAAUGGAUACUGUAUAUAAGGUAAAUUUUGCUCUCAUUUUAAUUUUGCCCAUUUUGCUGUUUUCUUAAAUGAAUAGUUUUAAAACUGAACAAAUAUAAAUUUAUUCAUUACUUUUAAAAAGCACAGGCACCUGAAGUAUGCAUGGAAACAACUACCCCACCCCUUCUGAAUUUUUUUUGCUGCGAUAAUUUCUCUGAAAUGUGUGGAUUCCCUGUCUACCCAUGCCAGUUAUUUUUUACGUUUUUUUUACUGGUUUUAUCAUACUGGUUAAAGGCCAAUCUCUAAAGUUUACAAAAAGUGUGAAACAAUUGGGAGGGUUGUAAGAGUGCAUGAAAUGUUGACCCAAGGGAAUUUAUAGUAUUUAAGAUCAAGGUCAUCAGAAGGAAAUGCACAAAAUUUUGUCUCAGGACUUUAAUUUUUGAUCAGUCUUUAAUUUUGUCAGGACUUUAAUUUUGAUCAGUCUUUAUUUUUGUCUGGACUUUAAACUUGUUAGAGGAAAACAGUCGAAGCUGUUGACACAUAUAGACAAGAUGGCAUACCUGAAGGUCAUAUGGAUUAGAUGAAGGUCAUUAGUAGGAAAGUUUAAGGAGCUCAUGCUUGAUAAAAUGUUGGUGGUGAUUGUAGGGUACGGUGGUUUGAAAAUUUUCAGAAAUGAAAAAUGUUGGAAAGGGAUAAACUUUUCCAGGAAAUGUUGAAAACAAUCCUAUAUAUGUUAUUCAGGUAACUAAACAACAAAAACUAAAUCGUUGGCUGUACGUAUCAUAUUAUAUGUGGGCUUCUGAUUUUUUAAAGGGCUGAUGAAUUUUCCAUAGGCACUUGCUGGAUUUGUUGAAUGAAAAUUUGUUAUCUCUAUAUCAUGACUCCCUUCUAAGAUAUCACAUCUAUGAUGGUCACCUUGGAUUCUAAGAUUUCGUCCAAAAUUUAAGAUCCUUACUUUCUCUUAAAUUUUGCUGUUAUUUUUAUUUCCGACCAGACAAAGAUUAAUUCUCUCUUAAUUAGCCAUCGUCACAAACCAAACACUCCGACAACUGUUUACAAGGAAAUAGGCUUACACUUUGUUGAAGUAAUACUAAUACAUGUAACUAUAUAUAUUCAUUUUAUCAUGAAACAAUUCAACUUACCACAUUUUCAUUCCAAGUACAUAUUAAAAAAAUGUAUUAUAUACAUUUAUUGCAUGUUCAUGAGGUCAAUCCUUGGUUUUAUCACAAGUUCAUUCAUUUUAUCUCAGACCAAUACUAUAUUGGUAUGUAAGAUACAAUCUAAAGUUUUACAGAAUAAGAUUUACACUCAAACUUGACAGAGGUAUAUACAUGAUGAUGUACAUGUAUAAGUAAAAAAUCAGAAAACGACAAAGGUGCACAGUAUUCAUAGGGAUGUGCAUUAAGAAGGACAGAUUAAGGUAUCUAUAUUCUGUACAAAUUUUCAGUUAUUCAACAUUUGAAAUUGUCAUUAUUUUACAGAAUUUGAAUAUGUCUGGUCCUCUAUGGUUCUUGCUACCACUUCAUUGGAAAUAGACUUAGAAAUUGAUACGUAUUCUGGGUUGCUGAAAAUCAACAGACUACAAUUGCUUUAUUGUGGGUUUCUUUUUCAGAUCUAAUUUUGAAAACAAGGUUUUUAUGAUAUUGUAGCAUGCUAUUCUAUAUUCUUUAUAAACAUGCGGUUUACCAUACAUACCCUGCUAUGGAAUAUUUCAUAAUUAAUCACAUGGUAUCAUGUCGAUCAAUAAGAAGUUUUGAAUUACAAUGAAUGAUUAUAGUUAACUUUGAUAUGGAUACAUGUAUUUGUUACUUAGAAGAAAUUCUCUGUUCAUUGAUAUGGUUUCUUAUUAACCACUCUGAUAUUGAUUUUUUUAAACUCGAUACUAUUCCACAAGGAAGUAACUUUUCUUGAACACUUGACAUUUAUUUAGAGACAAAAUACAAUCAGGAAAUCCUUAGAUCAUUAGAUAGUUAAUAAAAUUAUAUCUGCGUGCUGUGUACUUAGUUUUUAUUGUUUUGCAGAUCAUUUGCAAGAACCAAUAGAAGAUUUGGAGAAAACAAGAGACUUUGUAAAGGUAUGCGCCAGUGCUUGUGGUUUCAGUUAGGGAGGAAGCUUUGGGAACCUAAUUUAUGGUAAAUGAGCAAUUCCUUAAGGAAGUAAGCUGAGAGGUGGAUGAUGAAACCUUCCUGGUGUUUUGAUAGGACAUUUUACUGCCGACAUUAUGUUUAGUUUAGAGUAGUGAUCUACCUUGAUUAUUCCCAAAUUAAUUUGUGUCUUAGAACUUGACACUGGAGAGAGAAAAAAGUGAAAGGGAGAAAAAAAGAAAUCAAAUAUUUUGUCAAAAUCCUUCUUCCCGAGGAAUAGCUGUAUCCUGCCGACUGUAAUGGGAAAUUUGUUAAAAGUUUUAUGUCAGGCGGACUCCUCUGCCUCCAGAGACUAUGACAUUUUUGUUGACUUUGAGAGUGUACAGCCAACAGGAGAGGAAAAGGAAGUCUGGAAGAAAGUACAGGCUGUUCUAACCGAAAGUCAGACAAUUCUACAGGAUAUACAGCAGUACACAGGGGCCACAGAGGAUAUCAAACAGGCUAUAAGCAAUCCAACAAAUGAUGCCUUACAGGAGAAGGCCUGGUUGGCAGUGUGUCCACUGGUGGGCAGACUAAAGACUUACUUUGAAUUUGCAAAUAAAUUAGAACACACAGUCCAUGACUUACUGGAGGUGCUAUGUUCAAUCGACAAAACCCCACGCGAGCAUUUAGAGACGCAGCAAGCUUGUUUUAAACAGUUUGCACAGAUUCUAGACUUUGUACUUAAAUUUGAUGAUACAAAGAUGAUAAACCCUUCAAUACAGAAUGACUUUAGUUAUUACAGACGAACUCUGAGUAGGAUGAAGAUGGCAAAUGAAGACGAAAGUCAAGGCAACGAGAAUGUUGUUUCCAAUGAGAUGGCCAACAGAAUGUCUUUAUUUUAUGCCCCCGCUACACCAAUGCUGAAAGUACUGGGUGAAGCCACCACCAAGUUUGUGUCCACCCAUAAAGAGCUUCCGGUGGAGAACACGACAGACUGCCUGAGUACAAUGGCCAACAUUUGUAGGGUUAUGAUCGAAACCCCGGAGUAUGUUGCUAGAUUCCAAAACAGUGAAACCAAAUUAUUCUGUCUACGAGUAAUGGUGGGAGUAAUAAUUCUCUAUGACCACGUUCAUCCAGUGGGAGCUUUUGCCAAAUCAUCAAAUAUAGAUAUCAAAAGCUGCAUCAAAGUACUGAAAGAACAGGAGGCAGGGAGAGUAGAAGGCUUGUUAAAUGCUUUAAGAUAUACAACAAAAACUUUAAACGAAGAAACAACACCAAAAACAAUUAAAGCCAUGCUCGCAGGCUGAGCAUGUGUUUUAUGUGUAGACAGACAAAUGCUUUACGUUGAUUUACUGCAUAUUUCCUGUUUUGUUUGUGUGACUGUGUUAAUGACGCGUGCAGAUGAGGAGUGGUAUAUGCUUUUAUGGAUGAGUGGCAGGAGUUGUCUUUUCCUAUUUCUACAGCUUACAUGAGAUAACGGCAGCUGAUGUUUCAAGUGUGGGUGUGACUACAAUAUGUUACCACGGAGACAGUGAUGUCACUGUGAAGCAAAACAAAACAGAAAGACAGAAGACUUUCUCCAUAACCAAAAUUUUAGCUGCAAACUGGGUUUUACUCAAUUUCAUGACUGUGUCAGGGGGGAAAAUCCAGCAUUUUAUUAUACUGAAUUAAUUUUUGUUUCUGCUGAGGAAUGAAAUAUUUCCGGUGAAUACCAUGUUAGUAGUGCUGUACAGGAGAUGUUAAUAGAACUAGUACGAUCUCUCUUCACACCUCAGGGGGGAGGGGGGGGGUGUUAUUUUCCUCAUUUCAGAGGAAAUCCUCAGAUUGGUUUAAUUUUCUAAAAAAUGAAACACUCUGGGUUUGAUCUAAAUUGACAGAAAAUGAUAUUUUUUCAGGUAGGAUGGGGUGUUUUCCUCUCUUUUUGACCAGUUUUCCUCUGAUUUCUGAGAAAUCCAUUUACAGCCCGGACACUGUGAUAGAUAUCGUACCUAGCACAAUCUCUCUUUACACUUGUGAUAGUAGACCUGUCAUAUUUUAUCCGUCAAAUGUCAAAAGGACUAGUAAUUCUGAUUAAAUCAAGUGCUUUUUUUUUCAAAAGUAUAAAAUAUUCUCUACUGAAUGUUUAUUCUUUAACUAGAGACAAGGAAGAAAAGCAGGGUCUGAUCAGUUUAAUAUUGCAGUCAAUAUUGAACUGUUUGUUACUGAGUCAUGAAACCUUGUUACGAUAAUGAAACCAUUCUGCACUUAUCUCAAAACCUAGCUAGAUAUACCAAAUAUCGUGCAUUGUCUCAGACAAUAUGUAUGACAUUUCUUAGACAUUUAAUUAAUAUAUGUUAUGAUAGAUGAAUGUUGAAGGAAUAUUAUAUUUUAUAACGUAAUAUGUAUGCAUUCUUGUAAGAGUAAUUGAUAAAAGGCAGGAGACUAUUUUGUUUCUGCAUAAGCAUAUUUGAAUUGUGAAACCCUGAAAUUCAAAAAUAAAAACAGAUUAAAAAUACAAAUUGGGUAUUGAAAAGCCAUGACAAAAUUUGUACAGUAUUUGUUAAUAAUAUGAUUCUGUUUUCUCCUAAUAUUAACAGAGUUGGUUUGACUCUGUACAUUUAUGUACUGGUAUCGGUAUCAUCAGUGGUAUUUGUGUAAAUUUCAGGGAAAUGAUGGUAACAAAAAACAUGAGAAGAAUGAAAAUAUCUGUAGUAAAAAUAACCAGAAUUUUAGAUGAUAAUAUGCUUAAAAUAUUUACAUGUUUCAAAACUAUGCAUGAUUAAAUGAAAAAAAUUAGUAUAUAUAUUUAGUUAGAUGUAUAUGGACAGAUUUCUGUAAACAUAUUACAUUUAGCUGUUUAUUCUAUGUAGCACCCAGAAAGCAGCGAUCGUUAAAUCAGGUACAUUGCUAAAAUGCCUUGUGUGUAUAUAUCUAUAUAGCACAUUUAAAAAGUGCUAAAUCAAUUCAACGCUGACAUGUUCAAAAAUCAAUUUCCACAAAUAUCAUAGACGCUAAAUGUAAUACAUUUACAGUAAUCAUUAAGCCGUUUAGUUUCUUAGAACAAACUUGAAAAAACCAUAGGGUACAUAUUACACAUACGUAAUACGUGUAGGGACAUAUUUGAUAAUUAUAUAUGUAUGUGAUUGAAACAUUCCAUUUUCAGCAUAUCCUAUAAAAUUUUAAUGUAAAUGAUUUGUGUAAGUAGCAGAAUCUAAGUGUAGGUGUGUGUUCAUCUGUUUGAAAAAGUGAAAUUAUGGAAGUGGGGGAGAGCUUACCUUGUAAAGUAUAUAUACAUGUACUUCUGUAUUUCACACUGUUUAUUGCACCAGCAUCUGUUAAUCAAGUGCCAUCUUUUCUAACCCUAUCUGUGUGCAUGGUUUACCUAGUAAAAAUAGGUUUUUCUGUUACUAGAUUUUACCAUCUAUACUCUGCAAGGUUCAUGGUUAAAACUUGUUAUCUUGUUCAUCUACAUAAGCACCCCCUGCCUGAUUAAGUACCAUGGAAGCAUAUUUAAUUGUUAUAUAUAAAAAUGUCAGUUAUCACCUGAUUGCUCUGUUUUAAAAUGUCAAUUUUCACCUGAAUGCUCUGAUGAACUAUUGCUUGUGUAUUCGGAACAAAUUUUCACCAAUUGUGAUACAAAGCAUCUUUUGGUACAUGGGAACAAACAAGUGAAUUUCAGGAUACCCUUUCUGAUAGGGUCAGGAUUGUGACCAUAGGUAUAAAAGUGGUACGAUAUUAAAAUCUUCUCUACUUCAGGGGAAUUUUUUAAAAUAUCACCAAAAACUGCUGUGUGCUAGGUUUUAAUAAGCAAUAAGGCCUAGACAAGUCAAAGUAUUUAUUUCGCAUACCCUGGAUACAUUGCACAGCAGAUUCUCAUUGAAAAUAACAUCAAGGUAUGUACCUCUUUCAUUCAUUUGUAUGUAUUUACAUUAUGUUUUUCCCUUUGAUAUCUUUACCAAUUGUAAUGAUAGCCAUUUUGUCAUGAAUGAGAUGCAGUUGUAAACAUGAUGUGCGUAUGAAUUUUGAUAAAUAUAGUACGUCUGUUCUAAUGGAUGGGAAUUCUGACAGAAUAAAAGUAGAAAGGAAGUAUAUAAAAAAUAAUUUGGUUUUGAAAAUACAUGAGGAUGUGAAUUUAGAUGCUAAAGCAUUUCCUGAAGGAACACUAAGAUGUGCAGUUCGCACCCUCACGCAAUUUCAAAAAUGAAAUUUAUUUCUUGAAUGAACCCUCCUCGGUCCUCCCACCAAUUUUAAAAGGCCAGGGGUGCUUAUUAGGUUGAAUACAGUAUGGUGACAUCCUGUUGUAUACUUCAACCUUCAAAAAAAAAAGCUGUGUUCAAAACUUUCAUAUCAUCUUCAAACAGUGCAUGAUAUGAAUUUUUGUCUGGUCACAAGAUCUUUUGUAAUAAACACCAUUUUCUCUCUGAACUGUUUUUGUACUUCAUUUAGAAUCAAUAGUACAUUGGCAUUUGCUGAAAAGGUGAAUAUUUUGUGUGCUUUUUUUUUUUUUUUAAAGAUUUGUAUAGCAGAAAAACACUGAUAAUUGUUACAGACUAUAAAUUUAAAGAAUUAUCAGUUUUAUAUAGACCAAUGAAAUAAAUGUUAAAAGUC